AACGCCUCCUGAUAUCGAAGAACGAUAUCGAUAUCAUAUCACAAGAUAUAAAAAAAAACAAUAAAAACGCUCCAAAUUAUUUGUUUGACCGCAAGAAAAGAUACGGAAUUAUCAGCUGGACGCAGACGCCACAUCGACGGAUCGAUACCUGAACACCCAGCGCCACCAUGGACAUCAUGGACAUCCAGGCCGUAGAGUCCAAGCUGAGUGACGUCACGGUGACACCGAUUCCACGCAGCCAGGUGCAGAAUUUCUACAACUACCAGCAGCAGCGGGAGCAGCGCGAGCAGCAGCCCCAGAUCCAGAUAUCGGCCAUCCAUCACUCGCGUGGUUCCGGCGGUGGGGGCGGUGGAUCCGGAUCCGCUAACUCGGCCACCGACUACUCGACGGGCAGCGGGGGAAAGCGGGAGCGGGAACGCUCCUCGGUGAACGACUACGGCAGCAGCUCGUCCAGCAAACAGAGCUCCGCUGCGGCGGCCAAUGCAGCUGCCACUGCCGCAGCCGUCGCCGCCCUCCAGUACUCCCCGCAGUUCCUCCAGGCCCAGUUGGCCCUCCUCCAGCAGCAGUCGAACACCACGGCCACGCCGGCCGCUGCCGCCGCUGCAGCCCUCUCCCUGGCCAACAUGUGCUCCAGCAAUGGUGGGCAGAGGAAUUCCGGCUCCGGCGCACCCUCCGCCAGCAAUGGCCAGAGCAUGGGCCUCAAUCUGAGCUCCUCGCAGCUGAAAUACCCGCCGCCCUCCACCUCGCCCGUGGUGGUGACCACCCAGACGUCGGCCAACAUCACCACGCCGCUGACCUCUACGGCCAGCCUGCCGUCCGUGGGCCCCAGCAACGGGCUGACCAAGUACGCCCAGCUGUUGGCCGUCAUCGAGGAGAUGGGACGCGACAUCAGGCCCACGUACACGGGCUCGCGCAGCUCCACGGAGCGGCUCAAGCGCGGCAUUGUCCAUGCCCGCAUCCUGGUGCGCGAAUGCCUCAUGGAGACGGAGCGAGCGGCGCGCCAAUGAGAGGAGGAGUCGCUGGCGCCGCAGCUGGCGACGCCGGAUUGAAAAGGACCAGGAGGCGAGGAGCAUCCUCAUCUAACGACUAGGUUAAUUCCCCAAAACCGCGGACAGGAUGGGUCGCACUUAUUGACCAGGCAUCUUGCGAGCUAUCUUUGCACAAUUGUGAGCGUGUUCUGCUAGGAAAUCAUGGGAUUCAUGUCAUAGGUUAACUUCCACAUUGCUUUAUCUGCGGGUGAAAAAGAACCUGCUCAAAAAAAGCAACCAUGGUCGCUUUUUUUGAGCGCUUCUUUUUCUGCUUGUUUUGAUUUUAUCGCUUGAAUCGAAUAACUUUUAAUUUCUUGAAAUUUAUCUCGCAUAGCAGAUCGCUAUAACAAAUAUUGUACAUACAUUUAGCUUGCUUUUUAAGUUAAAUUUUGAUUUUAUUAAAUCAGACCAUUGAACAGAUUUUUUUUACACAUAUAUCGCAAUUACUUGAUUUUAUUGUUUGAAUCGAAUAACUUUUAGUCUCUUGAAAUUUACCAGUCUUACAAGAUCGCAAUAAGGACAAUUAAACAUAAAUUUAGCUUGGUUUUUGAGUUAAAUUUUAUUAUAGAUAUUGAGUAUACAUAUUUUGAAAUUAUUAAUUUAUAUUCUAUUAUUAAGCUGAAAAUAGUUUGUAAACUUUUGGCUUAAGCAAAAACUUAAGAUAAAUACCCGGUCCUUAGAGUUCCCACGGAAAUAUGCUCACAUCGCUGCAAAGAAUGUCUAUAGUUUAUGCCGAGACCCAUCCUCUCCCAUAUUACGCAUUAAAAAGUAGCAAUUUGUAUUAGCCUGUAAGUCCCCAUCUACUUAUUGGCCCUCGGGCCGUUGGACCAUAGUUAAAGAAUGUUUAGACUAGCUCAGGUUACAAUCGGUUACAUCUACAAUGCUCUAGCUGCAGCACAAAUUAGCGAACCGAACCCGAACCAAUACGCAGAUCGUAUCGGAUUUGUAUCUUUACCAUUUAUAUACCCAUUAAUCUGUAUCCGUAAUCGUAAGACCAAAAUGCACCUGCUGAUUGUCCCAAUGUGUGCUUGUUCCCCAAUGUGUGUGCGUCUGCGUAAUGAGUGCGAUUAAUUAUCUAAUGGCAAUGGCCCAGCCGGAGGAGAUCCGUCGAGGGGCAGGAUUUAUAGGCAAGUUGGUCACUGCCGGGGUCUCCUCGUUACUUUUAGAGAACUAUACAAAUUCAUAUAUGUAGUUAAGCAGAGAUAUAUGUAUACAUAUAUACUUGUUAUGCAAGCAAACAAUGUGCAUGUCCAAGUGAAAUGGUGAAUUAGUGGCAAUUGACACGAGAAUAUUUAUAUAUGUAUACACAUAGAACACAACUUGUAUAUUUACUAUAUGUAUGAGCAAAUACGACUAAGUUCAAGCCUGUAUACCAAACCGAAAUCGAAAUAAAUGCGCAAUUUUGGUUUUUGUAAAA